AGCAUGCCUACCACAUCUGUUAGUUAGUUGCUCUAUAAAUGUGUGCCUGACGCGCCCGCCAUCCUGCAAUCACGGCCAACCCCAUCGCACAUCUUCCAGCAGUUUGACCAUCCCAGUAUCUUUACAUCAGACAUGGCGACCAAAGGCUCCGUUUUCCUCAUUGGCCCCGGCUUCAUCGGGCUCCAGAUCCUGGGAGAGCUCCUGGCCGAAGGGUACCCGGUAACCACAUUGGUACGAAGGGAGGAGGCCAAGGCGGGCCUCGCGAAACUCGGGUCCAAAACCAUCCUCGGGUCGCUGGACGACAGCGACGUCAUCCGCACAGCCGCUGCUGCUGCCGACAUCGUGAUCCACACCGCCACGGCUGACCAUCUACCAUCCGCUGCCUCGGUCUUGGAUGGCAUUGCAGAGCGCGCCAAAGCUGGGAAGAGCACCAUCUACAUCCACACCAGCGGCUGCAGCGCAAUCACCGACGGGUCAAAUGGCGACCACGUAAGCGACACGGUAUAUCAAGACGACAGGCCAGAAACAAUUGACAGCAUCGCCGACGACGCCCCGCAUCGCGCCAUCGACCUUGCUAUCCUGAAGUCUCGUAGCGAACUCGGCGCCAAGGCAAAGAUAUCGAUUGUGUUCCCGCCCGUCAUCUACGGGCUGGGCAAGGGAAACCGCCUCUCCAUCCAGGUCCCGACCAUGGCUCGGUUUGCCGUCAAGCAUGGCUACGCCGGUUAUGCUGGAGGCGGGAAGGCAGUCUGGGGCCAUAUCCACGUCGCGGAUCUGGCACGAGGAUACUUGACCAUACUGCACUACAUGGAGUCCACAUCUGGAGACAAGGUUCUUGAAAGCUCAUACUUCUUCAUCGAGAAUGGAGAGGAAUAUUCGUGGGAGAGGUGCGCCGAGGAGGUUGGCAAGGCGCUUCAAAAGGCAGGGAAAAUCCAGGAUCCGACCCCUCGACAGAUUCCGAGCGACCUCUACAAUGACCUCUUUGGGGAAUGGUCUCUGGCGGUCAUUGGUCAGAACGCCAGGAAUCGUGCCAACAGAUUGCGCGCUCUUGGCUGGAAACCCCAGGAGAAGUCAACUUUUGAUUCCUUGCUGACGGAUGAAUUGCCCAUCAUCCUCACGGAAAAGUCUGACUUCCAGGGCUACAGCGCGCCAGUGGCUUCCUAGGCCCUCAUACACUGAUAGCAAUUAAGAAACGUUGUACCUUG